AUGCAGUCCGUCCCGGGCAACACGACAAUAGAGAGGAAUCAGGAUGCAACCGUCUACAUUGGAAACCUCGACGACCGCUCUUCCGAAGCCAUUGUUUGGGAACUCAUGCUCCAGGCUGGUCCAGUAGUCAAUGUCCAUCUACCAAAGGACAGAGUCACCAUGGCCCACCAGGGCUAUGGAUUCUGUGAAUUCGCCACUGAGGAAGAUGCCGAUUAUGCCAUAAAGAUAAUGAACAUGAUCAAACUAUUCGGAAAACCGAUACGUGUCAACAAGGCGACCUCAGACAAGAAGAAUCUAGAAGUCGGCGCAAACCUAUUUAUCGGCAAUCUCGAUCCAGAUGUAGAUGAAAAGCUACUUUACGAUACAUUCUCGGCUUUUGGGCAGAUAUUGCAGACUCCAAAGAUUGCGCGAGACUUGGAAAAUGGAAACUCGAAAGGUUAUGGAUUUGUCGGAUUUGAUAAUUUCGAAUCCGCUGAUGCUGCUAUCGAGGCAAUGAAUGGCCAAUAUCUCGCUAAUAAACCGGUCAAUGUCACGUAUGCAUUCAAAAAGGAUGGCAAGGGUGAAAGGCAUGGAACUGCUGCUGAGAGGCUACUGGCAGCACAAGCUAAGAAGAAUCAACCUACCCAACUACCCAAUCGUCUAUUUGCUGAAAUACCUGGUCAGCAACAACAACAGCAGGGAAUGCCUCAACAGCAACAAAUGCACCAACAACAAAUGAUGCCUCCAAGUGUAGCAACUGGUGCCAACGCUAUACAAAUGGUUCCUCCAAUGGGAUUCAUGCCGCCUCCGCAACAGCAACAGGUGUAUGGCGGUCAAGGUGGAUUUGGUGAUCCAAGUCAGUUUUAUAAUAUGCCACGACCCCCACCAACACCAUUCGGAAUGCCACCACCAUUUGGCGGACAGCAGUUUCCUGGUCAGUUUGGUGGAAUGCCGCCACCACCUCCUCAUAUGCAAUAUAAUCCGCAACAGCAGUGGCAGCAACAGCAGCAAGGUGGUCGAUAA